CGAGCCGUCGCCCGGGUCUGCGUGUUUGUAGGUAGGGGGCGGGGGGCUAGCAGCUUCGCCAGAUUACACAUGCGCACAGGAGCUACCGGCCCGCGAGGUGUAGGCGGCCAAGCCAAGCCCCGCCCCCUCAUUUUUCCUCUUCUCCCCUCCCCUGUGGGCCCAGGCGGGACCAGCCGCCGAGCUAUAGGCAGGAGUAGGGGAGGGCAAGAAAGCCAGGACCUCAGAGUGACGGAUCGACUGGGGAUCUCGGUGACACUGAAGCAGCUGCGGCGGGAGCUCAGAGGCGAAGGAAUCCUCAUGAAUUCCUUUUUGGACCAUGUCCAUGAUCCUUUUUGCCUGUGUGGUACGGGUGAGAGAUGGAUUGCCCCUCUCUGCCUCCACAGAUUUUCACCAUAACCAGGACUUUAUGGAAUGCAGAAAGCGGCUAAAAACGUUGUCCUUAAUUUUGACACAGUUUCCAGGUCGGGGGACUGCAGAAGGACAUGACCUCAAUAUACACUUUGACUCUUCUGGAGCCAUAGCCUGCAUGGGGAUCUGCUCCCACAGUUAUCCCGUGGCCAUGGCCUUCUGCUUUCUGGAGGCUCUUCGGUGGGAGUUCACUGCUUCCUAUGACAACACCAGCAUAGGCUUGGCUUCCAGACCAUAUGCUUUUCUCAAAUUCGAUAAUGUCAUUCAGAAAGUGAAAUGGCAUUUUAACUAUGCAAGCUCUUCUCAGCUGAAGACCCACUUAGAAAAGAUUCAGGAAGAGCUACUGCUCCAGCCUCCGCUGGUCCUGAGACUAGAGGACACAGAAGUGAUGAGUGGGCUAAGAAACAGUCACUCUUCGAUGCAGGCUGAAUAUGCUCCAAAUUACCGGAUGAAGCCAGUGACAGCUCUGGGGAUUCUGUCUCUUGUUCUGAACAUCAUGUGUGCUGCUUUGAACCUUAUUCGAGGAAUUCAUCUGGCAGAGCAUUCCUUUCAGGAUGAUCCUGAGACAAUUGGGAGCAUAAUGGCGUUUCUUAUCCCUUUUGUAGCCUGCAUUUUUCAGUGUUAUCUGUACCUGUUCUACAGUUCCACAAGGCUUCUGAAGGUGGCUGUCAUCCUGUUCUUCAUUUGCCUGUGCAAUAUUUACCUGCAUGGACUAAGGAACCUCUGGCAAAUACUCUUCCACAUAGGAGUGGCUUUUCUGUCUUCCUAUCAGAUACUGACGAGACAGCUUCGAGACAAAGUGCUUGAUGGUGGGGUUUGAGACCCUGGGGCACUAAGGCUUGGACUGGCCACUCUCCUUCUUUUCUCAAUGAGGGGGAAGGGCAGGAGAAUGCACAGUUUUUCCUGUGGAAAGAGGGUUACGGCCACUUGUCUGGUUUGGUCUUUCACCUUUCAGUUUUGGGUCUUGUGGGUACGUGUUCAACUAGACUGGACAGAAGAACUGAAGGUCUGGACUUCAUCAUAACAGAUGUAGUUGAAGGGAAGAAGCGAGCUUCUGUGUACCGCAUACAUUCCAGGUGGAUACAAAGCAGAGGGAAGGCUCUCCCAUUCAGUUUAUCAUCUUAUUUGUAAUAGUAACAAUGACUUACAUUUCUGUAACACUUCAAAGUUUACAAAGCCCUUUCCUCCCAGUAGCCCUGUGAGGGUGGUAGUGCAAGGAUUAUUAUCCUGAUUUACAAAUCAUAGGAUUAUAGAUUGAGAUUCAGUGCCAUAAUGUCCAACCCAUUCAUUUUUCAGAUAAGGAAACUGAUGCA